CAAGGGAGUCACUAGUACCUCUACAGUGCAGCAGGUGUCUGACCACCCACUAAGAGAGAGAGAGAGAGAGAUUCAGGAAGCCCCUCUCUUUCUCUGUCCUGCCUUCAUCCAUCCACCCCACUGCAUUCUGUGGACUUGUCUGAGUGAACAUAGACCUGGGACAAUCAUCUGGAAGGAGAGAGAGAGAGAGAGGGGUAUAGAAAGAGGACUGUACACAGUGGGUGGACACCUGGAGACGUCUGAUGUCCAGGCAUAAGCUCAGAAACCAGAGUCAUGGUCAUUCUGCAGCAGGGGGACUAUGUGUGGUUGGACCUGAAGGCGGGCCGGGAGUUUGUGGUCCCCAUCGGAGCCGUGGUCAAACUCUGUGACUCUGGACAGAUACAGGUUCUGGAUGAUGAGGGAAACGAGCAUUGGAUAUCCCCCCAGAAUGCAACCAACAUUAAGCCCAUGCACCCCACCUCCAUCCAUGGGGUGGAGGACAUGAUUCGUCUGGGAGACCUCAACGAGGCCGGCAUCCUCCGCAACCUGCUUAUACGAUAUACAGAACACCUUAUAUAUACGUAUACAGGCUCUAUCCUAGUGGCAGUAAACCCCUACCAGGUGCUGCCCAUCUACACAGCUGACCAGAUCCGCCUGUACACCAAUAAGAAGAUAGGAGAGAUGCCUCCACACAUUUUUGCCAUCGCAGACAACUGUUACUUCAACAUGCAGAGGAACAACAGAGACCAGUGCUGUAUCAUCAGUGGUGAGUCUGGAGCAGGGAAGACAGAGAGCACUAAGCUGAUCCUGCAGUUCCUAGCAGCCAUCAGUGGACAACACUCCUGGAUAGAACAACAGGUCCUGGAGGCUAAUCCUAUACUGGAGGCGUUUGGCAAUGCUAAGACGAUCCGUAAUGAUAACUCUAGCCGCUUCGGGAAAUACAUCGACAUCCACUUCAACAAGAGAGGAGCCAUAGAGGGGGCCAAGAUAGAACAGUACCUGCUGGAGAAGUCACGAGUCUGCAGACAGGCUCGUGAUGAGAGGAACUACCAUAUUUUCUACUGUAUGUUGAAGGGCAUGCCUUCAGACCAGAAGAAGAAACUGGGACUAGGGAAAGCCACAGACUACAGCUACCUUACUAUAGGGAAGUGUACUGUGUGUGAUGGUCGUGAUGAUAUGAAGGAGUAUUCAAACAUCCAAUCAGCCAUGAAGGUGUUGAUGUUCUCUGACACUGAGAAUUGGAUGAUCUCCAAACUAUUGGCCUCUAUACUACACAUGGGGAACCUGCGUUAUGAAGCUCGUACCUAUGACAACCUGGAUGCCUGUGAGGUGGUCCGCAGCGUAGACCUGACUUCUGCUGCUACACUGCUGGAGGUGGACUGUAAAGACCUGAUGAACUGUCUGACCAGUAGGACUCUGAUCACUAGAGGAGAAACAGUCUCCACUCCCCUCAGUAUAGAGCAGGCACUGGAUGUACGGGACGCCUUCGUCAAGGGGAUCUACGGUCGUCAGUUUGUGUGGAUCGUAGAGAAGAUCAAUGCAGCGAUCUACAAGCCUCCAUCCCACGAGCCCAAAGCCCUCAGACGCUCCAUAGGACUACUAGACAUAUUUGGCUUCGAAAACUUCACCAUCAACAGUUUUGAGCAGCUGUGCAUUAACUUUGCCAACGAGAACCUGCAGCAGUUCUUUGUGAGGCAUGUGUUCAAACUGGAGCAGGAGGAGUACAACCUGGAGCACAUUAACUGGCAACACAUCGAGUUCACAGACAACCAGGACGCCCUGGACAUGAUCGCUAUCAAACCCAUGAACAUCAUCAGCCUCAUAGACGAGGAGAGCAAGUUCCCCAGGGGUACAGACACUACUAUGUUGAAUAAGUUGAACUCUCAACAUAAAUUGAACACCAACUACAUCCCUCCUAAGAACACUUAUGAGACUCAGUUUGGCAUCCAGCACUUUGCUGGGGUGGUCUACUAUGAGACACGAGGUUUCUUGGAGAAGAACAGAGACACCCUGCACGGUGACAUCAUUCAGCUGGUUCACUCCUCCAGGAACAAGUUCAUCAAGCAGAUCUUCCAGGCCGAUGUUGCCAUGGGGGCGGAGACCAGGAAGCGCUCUCCCACUCUGAGCAGUCAGUUCAAGCGUUCUCUGGAACUGCUGAUGAGGACUCUGAGUGUGUGUCAGCCCUUCUUCGUACGCUGCAUUAAACCCAAUGAGUACAAGAAACCCAUGCUGUUUGACAGGGAGCUGUGUGUUCGUCAGCUGAGGUAUUCAGGCAUGAUGGAGACCAUUCGUAUCCGCAGAGCUGGUUAUCCAAUCAGAUACACCUUUGUUGAAUUUGUGGACCGCUACAGAGUCCUCAUGCCAGGAGUCAAACCUGCCUACAAACAGGAGGACCUGAGGGGAACUUGUCAGCGUAUAGCGGAAGUUGUCCUUGGGAGAGAUGAUGAUUGGCAGAUGGGAAAGACCAAGAUCUUCCUCAAGGACCACCAUGACAUGCUGUUGGAGAUAGAGAGAGACAAGGCCAUCACGGACAAGGUCAUCCUCAUCCAGAAGGUUGUACGAGGCUUCAAGGACAGGUCCAACUUCCUGAAGAUGAGAAAGUCAGCCAUGAUGAUCCAGAAGACGUGGCGAGGAUAUCACUGUCGCAAGAACUAUGGAGCUAUGCGGGCAGGGUUUGCCAGACUCCAGGCGUUGUACCGCUCCAGGCGGCUGUACAUAACGUACCACGUGGCCAGACAGAGAGUGAUGGGUCUGCAGGCCAGGUGUAGAGGCUGUCUGGUCCGAAGGGCCUUCAGACACCGCCUAUGGGCCGUCAUCACCAUCCAGGCUCACACACGGGGCAUGAUCGCACGACGCCUCUACAAGAGACUGAAGGGAGAGUAUCGGAGGAGGUUGGAGGCAGAGAAGCUGCGUCUGGCUGAGGAGGAGAAACUGAGGAACCAGAUGAGCGCUAAGAAGGCCAAGGUUGAAGCAGAGCGUAACCACCAGGAGAGACUGGCCCAGCUAGUGAAGGAGGAUGCGGAGAGAGAGAAGAGAGAAAGGGAGGAGGUGCGGAGGAAGAAGGAGAUGGUGGAGCAGAUGGAGAAAGCCAGACAUGAGCCGGUGAACGACUCUGACAUGGUGGAUAAGAUGUUUGGCUUCCUGGGGACAACAAACUCCUUCCCUGGCCAGGAGGGUGCGCCACCAGCUGGGUUCGAGGACUUGGAACGUGCCCAGAAGGAGCUUGAGGAGGAGGAUUUAGAUGAUGUUCUUCCUCUCCCUGAGGAUGAGGAAGAUGACCUGUCGGAGUAUAAAUUUGCCAAGUUCGCUGCCACCUAUUUCCAGGGCACCACAACACACACCUACGUCCGACGGCCACUUAAACAACCGCUGCUGUUCCAUGAAGACGAGGGCGACCAGCUGGCAGCGUUGGCGGUAUGGAUCACGGUGCUGAGGUUCAUGGGAGAUCUCCCAGAGCCCAAGUACCAUACGGCCAUCACUGACGGCUCGGAGAAGAUCCCUGUGAUGACCAAGAUCUACGAGACGCUGGGCAAGAAAACCUACAAGAGAGAACUACAGGCCCUGCAGGGGGAGGGAGAGACCCCCCAUUCAGACAGCAACAAGAAGAACAGUGUCCGACACAAACUAGUGUCCCUCACCCUGAAGAAGAAGUCCAAGAUUACUGAGGAGGUGACCAAGCGCCUGAACGACGGAGAGAUUAGUCUCCAUGGCAACAGCAUGUUAGAGGACCGGCCCACCUCUAACCUGGAGAAACUCCACUUCAUCAUCGGCAACGGAAUACUACGACCUGCCCUGAGGGAUGAGAUCUACUGCCAGAUCUGUAAGCAGUUGAACCAGAAUCCUUCUAAGAGCAGUCACGCCCGCGGCUGGAUCCUCAUCUCUCUGUGUGUCGGCUGCUUCGCUCCCUCUGAGAAGUUUGUCAAGUACCUGCGUAACUACAUCCAUGGUGGUCCUCCUGGCUACGCCCCCUACUGCGAGGAGAGACUCAGACGCACGUUUGUUAACGGCACCAGAACACAACCCCCGUCCUGGCUGGAGCUACAGGCCACUAAGUCUAAGAAGCCCAUCAUGUUGCCAGUAACCUUUAUGGAUGGGACCACUAAGACGUUGUUGACAGACUCAGCUACUACGGCCAUGGAGCUGUGUAACGCCCUGGCAGACAAGAUCAGCCUCAGAGACCGCUUUGGAUUCUCUCUCUAUAUCGCCCUGUUUGACAAGGUGUCCUCCCUAGGCAGUGGAAAGGACCAUGUGAUGGACGCAGUGUCCCAGUGUGAGCAGUAUGCCAAGGAGCAGGGUGCCCAGGAGAGAAACGCCCCCUGGAGACUGUUCUACAGGAAGGAGAUAUUCACCCCCUGGCACAACCCUGCAGACGACGCUGUGGCCACCAACCUCAUCUACCAACAGACUGUACGGGGGGUAAAGUUUGGAGAGUACCGCUGUGACAGGGAUGACCUAGCAGAGUUAGCCAGUCAGCAGUAUUAUGUGGACUAUGGUUCUGAGAUCCUGACAGAGCGUCUGCUGAGCCUGAUCCCAUCCUACAUCCCCGACCGAGAGGUCAGCUCCUCCCGGAGCGUGGAGAAAUGGGCCCACGUCAUCAUGGCUGCCCAUAAAAAGGGCAUCUACACCCAGCAGAGGUUUGACCCCCAGAAGGUGAAGGAGGAAGUGGUGGACUUCGCUCGCUACAAAUGGCCGCUCCUCUUCUCACGCUUUUAUGAGGCCUUCAAGCUCUCAGGUCCAAGUCUGCCUAAGAAUGAUGUCAUUGUGGCGGUGAACUGGACAGGGGUGUACUUUGUGGACGAACAGGAGCAGGUGCUGCUAGAACUCUCUUUCCCAGAGAUCACUGCAGUCUCCAGCAGCAGAGGUGGUAAACUGCAGGGGCAGAGCUUUACGUUGGCGACCAUAAAGGGCGAUGAGUUUACGUUCACGUCGACCAACUCUGAGGACAUCAGAGACCUUGUGGUAACGUUCCUAGAGGGCCUGAGGAACCGGUCCAAGUAUGUGGUGGCUCUGCAGGACAACACCAACUCUGGUGGGGAGGAGUCUACGUUCCUGUCGUUCCAAAAGGGAGACCUGAUUCUAUUGGACCAAGAGACAGGUCAGCAGGUCAUGACCUCAGGCUGGGCCCAUGGGGUCAAUGAACGGACCAAUCAAAAAGGAGAUUUCCCUGCUGAUGCCGUCUACGUCCUGCCCACUGUUACCAGACCUCAGGCUGACGUAGUGGCAUUGAUUACCAUGACACCAGACCAGAGACAGGAGACAGUGCGUUCAUCUCAGCUGGUUUUGCCGGAGACUGGAGAGGAGAGGGUUAAACCUUACACACUGGAAGAGUUCAGCUAUGACCACUUCAGACCUCCUCCCAAACACACUCUGAGCAGGGUGAUGAUCACUAAGAACAGAGGGAAGGCCUCAAUGUGGAGCUGCACCAGAGAGCCUAUCAAACAGCCCCUACUGAAGAAGGUCCUCAGCCACGAAGACCUGUCACAGGACGCCUGUAUGGUCUUCAUAGCUAUGAUGAAGUAUAUGGGGGACUACCCGUCUAAGCGGACACGUUCGGUUAACGAGCUGACGGACCAGAUCUUUGAAGGAGCUCUGAAGGCUGAACCUCUAAAAGAUGAGAUUUUCUGUCAGAUCCUCAAACAACUCACAGACAACCACGUCAAGUACAGUGAGGAGAAGGGCUGGGAGUUGCUGUGGCUGUGUACAGGGCUGCUCCCUCCUAGCAACAUGCUGCUGCCUCAUGUCCAGCGUUUCCUUCAGUCCAGGAAACACCACCCUCUGGCUCAGGACUGUAUGACACGACUACAGAAGGCCCUACGGAAUGGCUCGAGGAAGUACCCUCCCCACCUAGUGGAGGUAGAGGCAAUCCAACAUAAGACCACCCAGAUCUUCCACAAAGUCUAUUUCCCUGACGAUACUGAUGAGGCAUUUGAGGUGGAGUCCAGCACCAAGGCUAAAGACUUCUGUUUGGCGAUCUCUGCUCGCCUGCUGCUCAAAUCACCCGAAGGAUUCAGCUUGUUCGUAAAGAUCUCCGACAAGGUGAUAAGUGUACCAGAGGGAGAUUUCUUCUUUGACUUUGUCAGACACCUCACAGACUGGAUCAAGAAGGCCCGGCCCUCUAAAGAUGGUAUCGUACCGUCUCUGACCUACCAGGUGUUCUUCAUGAAGAAGCUGUGGACCAACACUGUUCCUGGUAAAGACUCCUUCGCUGACUCCAUCUUCCACUACUACCAGGAACUGCCUAAGUAUCUCCGUGGUUACCAUAAGUGUAGCCGUGACGAGGUGUUCCAGCUGGGAGCGUUGAUCUACAGGGUGAAGUACGAAGACGACAAGUCACACUUCCCCUCAAUACCCAAGAUCCUCCGGGAGCUGGUGCCGCAGGACCUGAUUCGCCAGCUCUCCCCAGAUGACUGGAAACGGUCUGUAGUAGCUUAUUUCAAUAAGCAGGCUGGUAAGUCCAGGGAAGAGGCCAAACUCCACUUCCUGAAGAUCAUCUUCAAAUGGGCCACGUUCGGAUCCGCCUUCUUCGAGGUCAAGCAAACCACAGAGCCCAACUUCCCAGAGAUCCUCCUGAUUGCUAUCAACAAGCAUGGAGUCAGCCUUAUAGACCCAAAGACCAAGGACAUCCUGACCACCCACCCAUUCACUAAGAUCUCCAACUGGAGCAGCGGUAACACCUACUUCCACAUCACCAUCGGCAACCUGGUCAGGGGUAGCAAGCUGCUGUGUGAGACCUCACUGGGCUAUAAGAUGGAUGACCUCCUCACUUCCUACAUCAGUCAGAUGUUGACCACCAUGAGCAAACAGAGAACUGGGCGGGGACACAGCAAGUGAACUUCCUAUUGGCAGGAAGCUGCAGAGCUUAUUAGAAUACUGCGACCUGUUGGCCAGCCCUGCAGCUGGGGGCGGAGCUUCUCUAACCAGGUGUGGAGAAUGAGCCGCAGCCCAUCCUCUAGCACUGCCUCCAGCUAUGCCCAUAGCAACGACCUUAGCAACGUCUCUAGCAACAACCCUAGCAACGAUCCUGACGACGAGCCUUCCAGUGAGGAUGACUACCUCUAAGCCCCGCCCCUUUAUCUUCCCAGAGACACACACACACAUUUCGUUCAAACUGAAGAGUUGGCAGUCUGUUAACAAGGAGACGCUUGUUAACAACCAAUCAUUGGAUGGACAGACUGAAUGGAGAGCCAUGUGAUUGGGUACUUUAGCUAGACAAUUAAGUAGUUACUGAAAAGAAGAAUUAAGUUAACUUACUGAGUAAAAUAACCAUAAAAAGCUUUAAUACACAGACCUGGAAGAAAAGAGGUUUGCAUGCUCUUAUUGUAGCUGAAUAGAUGAUUUUCACUGAACUGUCAAUACAUACAGUGCCUUGCGAAAGUAUUCGGCCCCCUUGAACUUUGCGACCUUUUGCCACAUUUCAGGCUUCAAACAUAAAGAUACAAAACUGUAUUUUUUUGUGAAGAAUCAACAGCAAGUGGGACACAAUCAUGAAGUGGAACGACAUUUAUUGGAUAUUUCAAACUUUUUUAACAAAUCAAAAACUGAAAAAUUGGGCGUGCAAAAUUAUUCAGCCCCCUUAAGUUAAUACUUUGUAGCGCCACCUUUUGCUGUGAUUACAGCUGUAAGUCGCUUGGGGUAUGUCUCUAUCAGUUUUGCACAUCGAGAGACUGAAUUUUUUUCCCAUUCCUCCUUGCAAAACAGCUCGAGCUCAGUGAGGUUGGAUGGAGAGCAUUUGUGAACAGCAGUUUUCAGUUCUUUCCACAGAUUCUCGAUUGGAUUCAGGUCUGGACUUUGACUUGGCCAUUCUAACACCUGGAUAUGUUUAUUUUUGAACCAUUCCAUUGUAGAUUUUGCUUUAUGUUUUGGAUCAUUGUCUUGUUGGAAGACAAAUCUCCGUCCCAGUCUCAGGUCUUUUGCAGACUCCAUCAGGUUUUCUUCCAGAAUAGUCCUGUAUUUGGCUCCAUCCAUCUUCCCAUCAAUUUUAACCAUCUUCCCUGUCCCUGCUGAAGAAAAGCAGGCCCAAACCAUGAUGCUGCCACCACCAUGUUUGACAGUGGGGAUAGUGUGUUCAGGGUGAUGAGCUGUGUUGCUUUUACGCCAAACAUAACGUUUUGCAUUGUUGCCAAAAAGUUCAAUUUUGGUUUCAUCUGACCAGAGCACCUUCUUCCACAUGUUUGGUGUGUCUCCCAGGUGGCUUGUGGCAAACUUUAAACGACACUUUUUAUGGAUAUCUUUAAGAAAUGGCUUUCUUCUUGCCACUCUUCCAUUAAGGCCAGAUUUGUGUAAUAUACGACUGAUUGUUGUCCUAUGGACAGAGUCUCCCACCUCAGCUGUAGAUCUCUGCAGUUCAUCCAGAGUGAUCAUGGGCCUCUUGGCUGCAUCUCUGAUCAGUCUUCUCCUUGUAUGAGCUGAAAAUUUAGAGGGACGGCCAGGUCUUGGUAGAUUUGCAGUGGUCUGAUACUCCUUCCAUUUCAAUAUUAUCGCUUGCACAGUGCUCCUUGGGAUGUUUAAAGCUUGGGAAAUCUUUUUGUAUCCAAAUCUGGCUUUAAACUUCUUCACAACAGUAUCUCGGACCUGCCUGGUGUGUUCCUUGUUCUUCAUGAUGCUCUCUGCGCUUUUAACGGACCUCUGAGACUAUCACAGUGCAGGUGCAUUUAUACGGAGACUUGAUUACACACAGGUGGAUUGUAUUUAUCAUCAUUAGUCAUUUAGGUCAACAUUGGAUCAUUCAGAGAUCCUCACUGAACUUCUGGAGAGAGUUUGCUGCACUGAAAGUAAAGGGGCUGAAUAAUUUUGCACGCCCAAUUUUUCAGUUUUUGAUUUGUUAAAAAAGUUUGAAAUAUCCAAUAAAUGUCGUUCCACUUCAUGAUUGUGUCCCACUUGUUGUUGAUUCUUCACAAAAAAAUACAGUUUUAUAUCUUUAUGUUUGAAGCCUGAAAUGUGGCAAAAGGGGUUCAAGGGGGCCGGGGGCCGAAUACUUUCGCAAGGCACUGUAGGUAUAUUUUUAGUUUUUUUUAAGCCUUAACUGUUGUUGUUUUUUUAUUUAAUGUGUCUUUUAAGCCAGUUGCCUCUGUUUCAGAAGCAGCAUGGUAGUCUAUGUGACAGACCGCUGCAGUUCUGGGCAGUCUGUGGUUUUUUAUAUUAUUCUUGUGUUUGUUUUGUGUCUCUUAUCAUCAGAGUAAAGCUAAUUUAUACAGAGCCUACGCAAGUAUGCAACUCAAGCUUUGCAAAGUGGCAGUUCUGCGUACUUGAGUAGCAGAAAUAUGCAAAAGGGCAGCCUCGGGAGUGGUGACUCAACACAAUGCAAGAUGUUAUUGUGUUGCCUACUUGCGUAUGGUAUAAUAAGGCUUUAGUUCAGAGGUCUGUCUGUCUGCUGUAAGCCUCGGGUGGACUGGCUGCCCUGGAGUUUUAACAUAGAGCAUUAGUGUUUGACCAGAAAGGAUCAUUAUCUGUAGUUUUUUUGCAGAUCUAUGUGCUGUAGCUCUAUGAGACGUGUUUAACUCAACAAUGGCCUUUGUCAUACUCACUAGAACUAGGGUUGCAAAGUUCCCUACAAUCCUUAGUUGAACCAGGUCUAGACCUGACUCAGCUGGAAAACACCUGAUCCAUGGAUGAUUCUGAGUUCUGUAUGAAGAGUUCUAUACCCUACGUCAAAAUGAUACCCUUUAUAGUGCCCAGGUCAAAAGUAGCGCACUAUAUAGGGAGUCAUUUGGGACGCAAACUACAGUGGCUUGCGAAAGUAUUCACCCCCUUGGUAUUUUUCAUAUUUUGUUGCCUUACAACCUGGAAUUAAAAUAUUUUUUUGGGGGGGUUUGCAUCAUUUGAUUUAUACAACAUGCCUACCACUUUGAAGAUGCAAAAUAGUUUUUGGUGAAACAGCCAAGAAACAAGACAAAAAAACAAAACUUGAGCGUGCAUAACUAUUCACCUCCCCCAUAUUCAAUACUUUGUAGAGUCACCUUUUGCAGCAAUUACAACUGCAAGUCUCUUGGGGUAUGUCUCUAUAAGCUUUACACAUCUAGCCACUGGGAGUUUUGCCCAUUCUUCAAGGCAAAACUGCUUCAGCAGUUGGAUGGGUUCCGCUGGUGUACAGCAAUCUUAAAGUCAUACCACAGAUACUCAAUUGGAUUGAGGUCUGGGCUUGACUAGGCCAUUCUAAGACAUUUAAAUGUUUCCCCUUAAACCACUCAAGUGUUGCUUUAGCAGAAUGGUUAGGGUCAUUGUCCUGCUGGACGGUGAACCUCCAUCCCAGUCUCAAAUCUCUGGAAGACUGAAACAGGUUUCCUUCAAGAAUUUCCCUGUAUUUAGCACCAUCCAUCAUUCCUUCAAUUCUGACCAGUUUUCCAGUCCCUGCUGAUGAAAAAGGGGAUGGUGUUCUUGGGAUGAUGAGAGGUGUUGGGUUUGCACCUGACAUAGCAUUUUCCUUGAUGGUCAAAAAGCUACAUUUUUGUCUCAUCUGACCAUCUGACCUUCUUCCAUAUAUUUAGGGAGUCUCCCACGUUUGCUUAUUUUUUUCGGGCCACUCUUCCAUAAUAAAGGCCAGCUUUGUGGAGUGUACGGCUUAAAGUGGUCCUAUGGACAGAUACUCCAAUCUCCGCUGUGGAACUUUGCAGCUCCUUCAGGGUUAUCUUUGGUCUCUUUGUUGCCUCUCAGAUUAAUGCCAGCCUUGACUGCUCUGUGCGUUUCGGUGGGUGGCCCUCUCUUGGCAGGUUUGUUGUGGUGUCAUAUUCUUUCAAUUUUUUAAUAAUGGAUUUAAUGGUGCUCCAUGGGAUGUUCAAAGUUUCUGAUAUUUUUUUAUAACCCAACCCUGAUCUGUACUUCUCCACAACUUGGUCCCUGACCUGUUUGGAGAGCUCCUUGCUCUUCAUAGUGCCGCUUGCUUGGUGGUGCCCCUUGCUUAGUGGUGUUGCAGACUCUGGGGCCUUUCAGAACAGGUGUAUAUAUACGGAGAUCAUGUUAAACUUAUAUUGUACACAGGUGAACUUUAUCUAACUAAUUACGUGACUUCUGAAGGUAAUUGGUUGCACCAGAUCUUAUUUAGGGGCUUCAUAGCAAAGGGGGUGAAUACAUAUGCACAUACCACUUUUCCGUUUAAAAAAAAAUACAUUUUUGAAGUUCUUUUUUUAUUUCACUUCACCAAUUUGGACUAUUUUGUGUUUGUCUAUUACAUGAAAUCCAAAUAAAAAUCAACUUAAAUUACAGGUUGUAAUGCAACAAAAUAGGAAAAACACCAAGGGGGUGAAUACUUUUGCAAAGCACUGUAUGUGUUAGUUGUGUGUGUUCAGGCAGGAUGCUGAUGUUACUGUCUGUUUCUCCUGUUCUGCACAGAGGAGCAGAACUUCCCUCCAGCCCUAACUAACCUGUCUGUCUGCUGUUGAAUUUGUUGGUUUUUGUUUAAGAUUUUUGGUACUUAUUUUAUAUUUACAUUGUGUAAAGUAUCUGUCCAUUUAGUGAAACUAUGGUUUGUAUGAGGAGUGAAUCUAUAGUCCUGAGGGGAUACAGUUUACACUUGCAACACAGAGUUCUGGGUGAAUUUCCACUAUAAAGCUCUACGUGUUUUUACAACAAAUGGCACCCUAUUCCCUAUAUAGUGCACUACUUUUAACUAGAGCCCUAUGGUCCCUGGUAAAAAAAAAUAAGGCUCUGGGCAAAAUAAAUGUACUAUUUAGGGAAUAGGGUGCCAUUUAGGAUGCAAAGUGUCCCCGGUCUGUCUGGGUAAUAUUACUACAGCAUUACUACAGCAGCUGUGUUGCUCUACUGUUUGGACAGAAGACAUGAUGACGGUGGAGCUACCGACAGAGAUGGCGUUAGUAUAGUUUUCCUUGCCCCGCCUCUCCUCUGCACCCCCCAACGAGGGCCAGGAUCAAAUCAGAAACCGUGCUUGACAUUUAAAGGGAAUUUCCAAUUGAGCAGACAUCUGCAGUAGUUACCUUAAAAUACGAUCUCUGUAAAUGAGGUAGCAUUGCCUUUAAAAACCGCAAUGUUGAUUAGAGCACUCAGAUUGAAUCCCAGCCGAGGUGUCUGUUUUUGUAAAAACAAUAAAGAUGAUUGGACGAGGA